ACAGUGAGAGGGAGAAAGUGGUUGAGGGAGGCUGGCUGAGGCGAGUGUUUCCCGUAAUCAUAUCAUGAAGGCGGCGUUGUCCUCCUCUUCCUGUUUUCUCUUGUGUCUCAGACACAGUCCAGGUGACGUGAACAGUGAACACGGUGGCUCUCCUCUGUCGUUGCAGACACGGGGACAUCGCUCUGCUUCGUCCAAGCCUCAAGCGCCCUGUGGGAUGUCUGAGGGAGACAUCACAGUGCUGCCAUUCGGACCUGCGUCUCUGGACCUGUCCAGGCAGGAGCACCGGACGCUGACCAAACUGUACUGCCAGAACGGAGGAUAUCACCUCAAGAUUUUACCAGAUGGAACUGUGAGUGGUGGCAGGCAGGAAAACGACCCCUCUGAAAUCCUGAGGCUCCAGGCUGUGAGUGUAGGAGCGGUGGUCGUCAAGGGCGAGGUGACAGGAAGGUACCUGGCGAUGAACAAAAAUGGACGCCUCUACGGAUCACAAACACUGAAUGAUGAGUGCUACUUCCUGGAGAAGUAUGAAGAAAACCACCACAACACAUAUUGCUCCCAGAAGUACAACUGGUAUGUCGGGCUGAAGAAGAACGGCCAACCCAAAGCUGGACCAGACACCCACCAGGGUCAGAAGGCCAUCUUUUUCCUGCCAAGGCCUGCGGGCAACAUGUAAAACAAGACGGUAGCAGGAAGUCGUGAUACGCCGGGCCAAGUAUCCCAUUUAAAGGUCACUUAAAAUCAGUACAAUAGGCCGGUGAAGCCCGAGGCAAACACACAAUGCUGUUUUUACAGUUAGUUCGAGCUCGAUUUCAAUGUUAAUCCCAAUUUGUGUUCAUUCCUCUUGAAUAUGCAGGAAAAAUGUGAUUCGCGAUUUUUUUUCUUCUCUAUAUGAUCGUCACAGGGAUAUGAGCUGAUACCCAGAAUACUUUCUGCCCAUAAGCACAUCUACACCCUCUCACUCCAGACAGAAAAUGUGUGCGGUAUCAGUGCCUGUCAGCCUUGAUAAAUGAGUGUUCCCUUUGAAAGCUGGUAUGAAAUGCCAUUGUUUGAAGACGGCACCGCCACUUUUACACAUAAAUAGUUUUACAAUUGAUCACGUCUGGCACAAAGGAAACCAACAAGGCAGUAAACAUAAAAGAGACGACCAUCUGGCUCAAACUUCACAGUGAAGGGAAUAAUAGUGUCAAUGUAAGUAUUCCAGUGCCUUGCUUGACGGUAUGUCUGGCUGGACAUGUGUUUGAAUGACUGACACAUCUAAUUAGUAACUAUGUUUGAUGCCUGUCUUGAAAGGGUAAUGUUAUAAAAGUAGACAUACAUGCAGAAAAACACACACAAAAAAUACAAACUUUGAAACCCCUUGUUUAUGAUGGAGUUAGCAGUGAAACGUGUGUGAUUACAUUAUCAUAUUAUCAUUAAUAUGUGCCUUGGGUCAGCUGACAGUCUUGUCAAUGAAGAUGUGAAAACUUGUUUCAGUAAUCAGCAUUAUUGAGUAUUAUUGAGUUGUGCACUUGUGAACAGAAGGAACCGAAAAAGAAUUGAACAUCUUGGUGAUACGAAAUGGACCAAGUUGAGUUCCUUUUACUGAGCAAAACGGCUCAGCAUCCCAACCCAACACUUUUUUUUCUGUAAACAUAUUUCUCUUAUAGUUGAAACACAUUUUACUGUAACAUUAAAUUACUGUUGUGAAUAUUUAUUUGUAAAGUUUUAUCGCUGAUACAAUAAAACUUUGCUGAACGGAU